AUGACAGUUCAUGGCUGUCAACGGCGAAUCGUGAAUAUCUACAGGUGGAGCAAGUGGCUUCUGCUGCGGAGCUCUCGACCGAAGCCUCGAUCAAGGCUAGGCGAUGCUGUGCGAUCCUGUGCCGGGCCAAACAGUGCCCCCCGUUUCGUGCCAACAGCUUGUGAGUGGCGUGGUGAGAAGGUGGACCGCACAGAGAUAGAGACUGAAGAUGUCGAACCGGUAGUGCCGGAUGCAUCAAACGAUGCAGAAACGGUGCCGGCCCGGAUCCCAUCAUGGCCACAUCUCUCGGGGUUGAAAGCUCCGUUUGCUCUUCAGUCCUUGUGCCGUCAGGUGACCAUAAAUGCCUCCGAAGAACUGCAGACCGCUGAGCAAGACGCCCACGAGGCCACGACGAGCCUUGUCGCUUUUGAUUCAUGUGGCAUGUGUGAUCGGAAUGUGAUCCUUCUCAGGAUGCAGCUACAGGACUAG